AGAUCUUCCGCCCCUAACGUCCAAUGUCAGAAGACGCGGAUAGAGCAACGAACACAUCUUCCACUCACCUGGAUGAGAACCCUGACACGCUAUUACUGUAUGUCAAUUCAAGGUUCUUACAGUCGACCAUCAAUAUAUAAUAUAUGCUAGCUAUCAUGCCGAAGACCCCGAAGACGCAGGCGCGUGCGACUACGGUGUUUGACGGCGAUUCGAAAUGCCAGGCUCCCGUGAAGCCCUGGAGCUCAGGGCGCGUCAUGACCAAGGAGCAACGGGCGAGGAAACGGGCAGUGGACAGGCUGGCACAGCGAGGAAAACGGCGGGAGAGAGAGGCGCGAAUCACACAGUUGGAGGCGGAACUCGCAGCAGCACGGUGCAGCCAGUCAGCUUACACGGCCCGUCCUAACCAGGGCGAGGAAGAGAGAGUCCACAAUGCCCUCCAAUUCGAUACUGUGGUUGCAGAUAUGGACUUAGCACACAUUAUAGACCCCGCGGUCUGGUUCGAACCGCAAGCAGCCGGCUUGAAUGCGAGCGAAGCCCGCGAUCCUACUGAGCACGAUCUCAUUGAGCAGCUGUCGCCAUCUGCCUUUAUGCCAACAGCCCACAUCACUCAAAACGCCCUCGCGGGAGCGAUUCUGCCAAGUGAACAUUAUACGCCGCACACAUUUGCCCUGCCAUCGCCCAACAAUUUGCUGCAUACAUCGCGGAUUGACGACGCUCUCCGCCGACAAUCCAGUUGCAGUUCGAUGAUCAAUUCGUCAUUCGGCAUCGAUAUCUUUGCUAGCAAUAGUGCCGCCGACCUGCAGUACCUCUCGCCAUUGGAGGACGGAUAUGAAAGCCAGACUAUAACUGAGGGCCCGAUAUUUAGCCCUCUGCCCGUCUUCUCAAAUACAAAUACUACGACCACACAGCCAUACGAAAGUAGGAAAAUAACAGCAUCCUGCAACGUCGAGCUGAGUAGGGUGCUCCAUCUACAUAGGAGAGAUGUUAUCCUGCAGGAGCAAGCCAACGAGGAUUUCCUUAUUCGGGCGAUUCUCUACGGCUGGGAGACCGUGGAGUGUCAGCAUACAAUAUGUCCACUCCGGCGAACGCUGCGUCGAAUUGACGAUCUUAUUUUCCGUGAUACUAGCGAUAUCACGAGGCUAGUCAUGCUGGCUACUAUUUACAAGAUGCUUAUCUGUCGAGUCAAAGCCGAGUCAUAUCAAGAAUUACCACAAUGGUAUAGACCUCGACCGACACAGAAACAAUUCCCACACGACUAUGUGAUGGACUACUUCGCCUGGCCCGGUCUGCGCGAGCGGCUCGUGCUAUCAGAACGGUACAUCCUCACCGAGAGUUUCUGGCAGACUUUUGCUCAUUCCUUCCGAUUCCACUGGCCGUAUGGUCUCGGGGAGGCAUUUGCCACGGACAAGAAAUCUGGCUAUGUCCGAUUCUCUGGCACAUUCUGGAACCACCUCCUAGAAAUCCGUCACUGGCGCAUGGACGUUGGUUUUUUAGAGAUGUUCCCUGAGUUCUACGAUGAUGUUACUCCAGUGGAGAAGAUUUGCCCUCAGUUGGAGUUGCCCCGUCGGACUAGUUGUUGGAAUACAGAACUGUGGGAAGAUGAGAGGAAUGGAGAGGGACAGAGUGGUGCGAGAUCAUCGCAGGGGUUGGAUUAGUACAUAAACCGUGGUUUAGAAGCUGUAUAAGUUGGACUAAAAUACCAUAUUAAUUUAUAAUACCGAC